GUCGGGGGCUAUCCCCUGUAGCCUGGAGUGGGACUGGCUUUAAUUUUUCUGUCAUGUGUGCUAGAAUUUCUAAUUAAUCUCCUCAAUUAAUUGGAGCGAUGAAAACUACCAAUCAUAACCACCCCCGGGGGUAGAUUCAUUAGCAAUGGAAGUAGACCUUGUGAGUCGAAUACAAUGACCAAGGUUGGAAUUUGGAGGGGAAAAUAUAUGAGAAUGAUGGGUCUCGUGACGAAUUCUAGAGGCUCGAGAACGGAGGCGAUCCAUGAAGGCUUACCUGUUUCGACACUAGCGGUUCCGAGGAGGAAAUGGGGUAAUUUGAUGCCUCUGUUUGCAAUUUUCGUGGUCAUUGCAGAGAUCGCCUUCUUGACUAGGCUUGAUUUGGCGAAGAACGCUGCUAUGGUCGAUACCGUCGCUGACUUCUUCUACGGGUCUCGUGAAGAAGCCACGUUCGAUAAUUUGGGGUUUGCUACAUUGGGUGGAGAUAGUAAUUCAGAAUAUCUCUAUCAGAAAAAAAGUAAUUCAGAAUAUGAGAGCUGUGAGAAAUGGUUGGAGAGGGAGGAUGCUGUGACAUAUUCAAGGAAUUUUACAACAGACCCUAUUUUGGUUGUUGGAGCUAUGCAGGAGGAGAUAUCAUGUUCUUUGGGAUGCAAGUUCGGUUCAGAUGAAGGCAGGGCCCCUGAUGCUUCAUUUGGUUCUCCCAGACAAGAUGGAAUGGCUCAUAUUCGACGAUCAAUGGAAUCAACUAUAUAUUUUCAAGAGAAUGAUAUUGCAGUGGCACGACGGAAGGGAUAUGACGUUGUAAUGACAACCAGUCUGUCAUCUGAUGUUCCAGUUGGGUAUUUUUCCUGGGCUGAGUAUGACAUCAUGGCGCCAGUACAGCCAAAAACUGAGAGUGCUCUUGCAGCAGCAUUUAUUUCCAAUUGUGGUGCUCCAAAUUUUCGGCUGCAAGCCCUUGAGGCACUUGAAAAGUUGAACGUCAAGAUUGAUUCUUAUGGUGGUUGCCAUAGGAACCGUGAUGAAAGAGUGGACAAAGUGGAAGCUCUGAAGCGCUACAAAUUUAGCUUAGCAUUUGAAAAUUCCAAUGUGGAGGAUUACGUGACUGAAAAAUUCUUUCAAUCCCUGGUUGCUGGAUCCAUCCCCGUGGUUGUUGGCGCUCCAAAUAUUCAAGAUUUUGCUCCUUCCCCUGGUUCCAUUUUACAUAUAAAAAAGCUAACAGACGUUGAGUCAGUGGCUAAGUCCAUGAAGACGCUAGCAGAAAAUCCUGAAGCAUAUGCUCAGUAUUUGAGGUGGAAGUACGAGGGCCCAUCUGAUUCUUUCAAGGCACUUUUGGAUAUGGCAGUGGUGCAUUCAUCUUGCCGCCUUUGCAUUCACUUGGCUUCUGCGAUUAGAGAAAAGGAAGAAAAGAGCCCCGGCUUUAAGAAACGCCCAUGCAGUUGCACUAGAGGCUCAGAAACUGUGUAUCAUGUAUAUGUGAGAGAAAGAGGAAGGUUUGACAUGGAAUCUAUUUUCUUGAGGUCUGGCAACUUCACUCUGGAGGCCAUGAAGUCUGCAGUUAUUUCAAAGUUUGCAUCCCUGAAUCAUGUACCCAUUUGGAGGUCCGAGAGACCUGAAAGCAUAAGAGGAAGCAGUGAAUUGAAAAUUUACAGAAUAUACCCUCUUGGCAUGACCCAGAGACGAGCUCUUUAUACCUUCAGCUUUAAAGGGGACGAUGAUUUUAGGAAUCACCUGGAAACCAAUCCUUGUGCCAAGUUUGAAGUCAUAUUUGUCUAGCCUUUGCUUUAUGUCUUAUGGUUUAGUUUAUGUAAAUAUUAAACACAGCGGCAUUACUGGAAAAUUUUUGUAAGAUAAUCAAGGUGAUACCUUUCUUUCGGUCAUUA